GUUCACAAAGCUGUUGAUGCCGGCAAGAAUGUCCUUAGAGGUUUGCAUAGCAACAAGAUUUCCCAAAGGGAGCUGGACAGGGCAAAACGGACGCUUCUGAUGAGACAUGAAGCUGAGAUCAAGUCAAAUGGCUACUGGCUUGGACUUUUAGCUCACUUGCAAGCUUCUUCUGUCCCAAGGAAGGAUAUUUCUUGCAUCAAAGAUCUUACUACUUUGUAUGAAAUUGCUGCUAUUGAGGACGUAUACCUUGCAUAUGAUCAAUUGAGAAUAGAUGACGAUUCUUUAUACUCGUGUGUUGGAAUUGCUGGGGCUCAAGCUGGUGGUGAAAUAACUG